AUGGUUGCGUUCACCUUCACUCACUUGGCCUUGGCCGUCUCGUUCUUCACCAGCGUUUUCGCAUCCCCUGUCGCAAACCCUGACGCUCCUGAUUUCGAGCUGGGCGGCUCCAACCUUGCCCGCCGCCAGGACUACACUCAGAACUACAAGACAAGCGGCAACGUCAACUUUAGCCCUACUAGCAACGGAUACUCUGUACAGUUCUCGGCCGCCCAAGACUUUGUGGUCGGUAAGGGCUGGAACACGGGUUCCAAGACCAGAGCCGUCACCUUCUCCGGCUCGACUUCGGCCACUGGUGGCACUGUUCUGGUCUCCCUGUACGGUUGGGCUACCGGCCCGCUGGUGGAAUACUACGUCCAGGAGUACAGCAACGGCCAGGGUGCCGCGCAGGGCACAAAGGUCGGAUCGCUCACGAGCGACGGAUCUGAGUACGACAUCUGGAAGCAUACGCAGGUCAACCAGCCCUCAAUUCAGGGCACGACCACCUUCACCCAGUACAUCUCCGUUCGCAAGAGCGGUCGCCCGAACGGCGGUACCAUCACCUUCGCCAACCACGUCGCUGCUUGGCAGAAGCUUGGCAUGACGCUCGGCACCAUGAAUUACCAGACCAUUUCCACCGAGGGCUGGGGCAAUGCUGCCGGAAACUCCAAGUACACCGUCUCGGGCAAAUAA